GGCGGGAACAUUUGCCGCCAUAUUUCCUUCCUUUUCUCCACUCUUUUUGAAUAAGUUCUCCUUAACAAAUUCAUAUCAAGGGUUUCUUCGGCAUCUACCCAAAGGCUGCACAGUACGCUCAAAUCUCCUUUCAUCACCGGCGAUCAAUUCAAGUGUAAAGAAAAUGGAUACGUCGAAUCCGGCGGUUUUCGUCAACGCGGAGCUGUUGAGGAUGCACGUCGGCCGGAGGGUUCGUGCUGUGAUUCAGGUGCUCAGAUCAGAAGGUGGUAACUCUGUGAUUGGAAAAUCGACGGACGAGCAGCAGUUGGUUAUCAAAGGCCGCCCUCCUGGCCCUCUUUCGACUUAUGUUGAGGUUAUCGGGAUUGCUGACAGUAAUCAAUCUAUUCAGGCAGAAAUCUGGUCCAACUUUGGUGAUGUUCUUGAUACAGUAGCCUACAACAAUGUUUGUCAACUUGCCAAUGGGGACUUUAAACACUUGUUUAUCUAAGCAGUUAUAUUGGAUAUGGCUCUUUGGUGCUGGGAAUUGGCCCAUCCAACAUCAGUCUGCAUCUUCUGGUAAUAUUUGUGGCUAGAAUAUGGUAGUACAUGUAAUGAUUACAUUAGUAUUAAUCACUUGCAAUUGCGACAUUAAUGGAAUUCCCGUCCUUGGACAGCUAGAGGUGUAGUUAUACUGUUAUAGAUAGCUUAGUUUUGCAAAGGGGACUGGAUGAAUAUGGUCUGAAUUGUUGCGACUUCUCUGCAAGAACAGGACCUUUUUUGGCUUCUGUUGGUGGCGGUUGCUGCUGCUACAACAAUGUGUCCCGUUUUGAUAGUAUCUUGGUUAUUGAUUUAAUUUAAUCAAGACAAAAUGCAAUUAAUGUUGGAAA